GUGACGUCAUAAAGCUGCGCCGCGCUCCUGCAUCUGUUGUGAUUCGGCUGAAGAAAGGACAAAGCGUCCAAACACACAGAAAAACUCCUGCUGAAGCAACUGAGAUCCACGUGACACAAGAUUAUAAAGAUGCCAUUCAUUAAAAAGGAGAGUGAAGACUUGAAGAUUGAAGAAGCAUUCAGAGUCAAACAUGAAGAUACUGAGGAACAAACAAAGAUGGCGUAUAUUAAAGAGGAGAGAGAAAACAUGAAGAUUGAAGAAGCAUUCAAAGUAAAAGAUGAAGAUACUGAGGAACAAACAGACCCAAUGGCACUGAAAGACGAGAGAGACGUACUGAAUGAAAUUGAGGAGAAAGAUCAGAAUGAGAAUCUUCAUGAUUUCAUUACUGAAGAAAAAUCUUUUUGUUCCUUACAGUCUGAAAAAUCUUCCACACGAAAAAGAGCUCAAAAGACAGGAACUAGGAACUAUUUCAGUUGCUUUCAGUGUGGAAAGACUUUCAAUCAACAAGGAAAACUUAACAGGCACAUGAAAAUUCACAAUAGAGAGAAGCCUAACAGAUCCUCUCAGUGUGGAAAGAGUUCCAAUCAAAAUGGAAACCUUGAUGUCUACAGCCUUUUUACCUGCAAACAGUGUGGAAACAGUUUCACUUCUAAAGGAAGCCUUAACAAGCACAUGAGAGUUCACACUGGAGAGAAGCCUUACACAUGCAAUCAGUGUGGAAAGAGUUUCAGUUUUCAUGGAAACCUUAAAGUCCACAUGAGAGUUCACACUGGAGAGAAACCUUUCAUCUGCCAGUGGUGUGGAAAGAGUUUCAGUCAACAUGUAAAUCUUGAAUCUCAUAUGAGAAUUCACACUGGAGAGAAGCCUUUCACCUGCAAACAGUGUGGAAAGAGUUUCAGUCAAAAUGGAAACCUUAUUCACCAUAUGAGAAUUCACACUGGAGAGAAGCCUUUCAUCUGCAAACAGUGUGGAAAGAGUUUCAGUCAACCUGGAACCCUUAAUUACCAUAUGAGAGUUCACACUCGAAAGAAACCCUUCACCUGCCUUAACGCCCACAGACGAAUUCACACUAUGGAGAGAUUAUUUACCUGCCAACUGUGUGGAAACCAUUUUACUCAUAAAGGAAGUCUUAACAGGCACAUGAGAACUCACACUGAGGAGAAGCCUUACACAUGCCCUCAGUGUGGAAAGAGUUUCAGUCAAAAACGAUACCUUGAAGUUCACAUGAGAAUUCACACUAGAGAGAAGUUUAAACCAAAAAGGUAACCUUAGGUACCACAUGAAGAUUUACUCAAGAUGGACCUGUUAUUGUAUGAGUUGUACAGACAAUAAAAGCCAAGGAAUCAUUCAGGGGCAUCGGAGAGAAGCCUGUCAUGUGCCUUCACUGUAGAAAGACUUCAAGAAACAAAGCAAAUCUUGAGUUUCACAUAAGAUGGAUGAUGGCAUACCAUCUUCUGUAGAGCUGCUUUACAGCUGAAUCAUUUGACAUCGGCACCUAACUGACAUUUACAUUGGUACCUAACUGAUUUUAGUCAACACUGAACUGAUUCUAAUUGAAUAACUACAUUGCUGUCUCUUGUAGAACUGAUAACAUCUGAAUUUGUCAUUUCAAACUGAUGAACUUCACAGUGAUUGAUCUGAACUGACUUGAGCUGAAUAAUGACACUCUUGUCUUUUAGAUUUGCUUUACAGCGGAGUCUUCAUUGCCUCCUGUAGCGUUUGGACCAAUCAGACACAAUUAUUUGUUUAACAAAUAAAUCAUUUAACAAAUCCUAAGACUCCUCACCAAACCAACAAGCCAACUAUGACUUACCCCGAAAUGCAACUAAUGGCUCAAAAAGGCAGAACAGGCCUCUGGUUCCAUGACAACCAAACACAAAUCAUCUGAUAACACUGGUUUUAUUGCUCAAAGGAAUUUGGGCAGAGCAACUCACUACAUUUCCAAAACACAUAAUGCCUAUAGAAAAGGACUCUUCUCUAAUUAAUUCAUAGACAAACAUUUCUGAGAAUGAACACUAAUAUCCUCAGGUCAUUGUGUGUAUUAUUACUGUUCUUGUAUAUUGUCUAUUGUAUUGUAUACUGUUUUACGCAUGCGUUAUGAUAGAAACACUAGUUAAUGUAACCUCACCUGUACCAUGUCUGGUAGGGGUGGGGUAAAAAAAUCAAUACAGCAUAGUAUUGCGAUAUUUUCCGCAGAAAUACUGUAUUGAUACACGGAAGCCAAGUAUCAAUCUUUUAUUAUACUAGCCUAUUUGGUAGAAUAAUAAAAUCAAUAUCUUUACAGUCCACUA